UGGAUUACGGGUUUAGAUAUGUAGACCCUAAUUUAUUUUUAUGGGUCAAAUUAGGAUCAAGUUGAGGAAUAAGAUGAAUUUUUGUCAAGUCUAAUUCUCAUAAUUUACAAUACAGCGUUAUGUCAUGGCACGCGAGUUCGGGGGCGAAGUCACGGGUAUCGUGGCACGGAGCUGCAGCCAUGGGCACACAGGGGGUGUAUCCAGCGUCCAGAAGGCAUGCAAUGCGACGUCGCGAAGUGCGAGCGCGGACAUGAGGGUAGGCGCGAGCACGAGCAUGCGCGAAAGUGGAAGCGCGAGCGGAAGCGUGGACGCGGGCAUGCAGGCAUGCGGGAUGCGGGUGUUGGUGUUGCGACACGGGGUUGCGACUACGACGCUUACGUAUACGAGGAUGCAGGCACAAGGUGGAUCGCGCAAGAUGCAGCGGGCCUUGCUAGCGGAGGCGUCGAUAUCGGGGCCGUGGCGUGAAGUUACGGACAGGAUGCAUGGGAGCGUGCAGAAGCAGUCGGGGGCGAUAUGCGUGGGCGCGCGAGAGUGUCCUGGUCCGAGACAUGGGUGCACGCACGGGCAAGCUAGGUCGAGGCGCUGGCACGCAUGGGCGCGGUAUGGCUCGAGGCGUUGGGGUGCGUUAGCGCAAGCACGGGCGCGGGCGCGAGCGCGACAUGGAAUGCCCCAAAGGCGAGCCUGGCAUCACUUGGCAGCGUCCAGGCCAAGGCCGUGGCACGGGGUCACAGUUGAGACACAGGCGUGCGAGCAUAGAUGGGAGUGCCCUAGAAAAUUCCAAAAGCAGCCUGGGAGGUCUGGAUAAGGAUCAGAACAGUGGUCUGGAUAAGGACGGGAACAAUACCAGAUAGGGGUCUGGAAUGAGCUUAAUGGGCCAAGCCCAACUUGGGGUUUCUCCUAGGGCCUUGUAGAUAAUUCUAGAAUAGGAGAUUCUAGAAUAAUGUAGGCUUAGGAGGGAGAAUGGAGAAUGUUCUAGCAAUUGUACAUGUGAGGGGAUUUGUGUGGAGUGUUCUAGAGGCUUACCUGUAGAGGGCUCUUGGGCUUAACCUCUUCUAUAAAUAGGGGUGGCCUGA